GGGGGAGGACUACAUCUCCCGUGAGCCCCCGCGGCGCGUGACGGUAAACAACGGAAGCCGAGCAGGAAGUGAGGGGCUGUGAGGGGGAGAGGAUGUCGUUCAAACGGGAAGGGGACGAUGGCAGCCAGCUCAAUGUACUAAAGGUGAGAGGGAAGGGCCCGGGACGGCGGGAACAGGUCUGGGGCUUUACACAGGCAUCAUGGGAGUUACUGGGGCAUGAUGGGAGUUGGAGUUAAUGGGGCAUGAUGGGAGUUGGAGUUACUGGGGCAUGAUGGGAGUUGGAGUUACUGGGGCAUGAUGGGAGUUGGAGUUAAUGGGGCAUGAUGGGAGUUGGAGUUACUGGGGCAUGAUGGGAGUUGGAGUUGCUGGGGCAUGAUGGGAGUUGGAGUUACUGGGGCAUGAUGGGAGUUGGAGUUACUGGGGCAUGAUGGGAGUUGGAGUUGCUGGGACUUUAUGUGAAGAAAUUUCCAAAAUAAUAAAAAUCUGAGAUUCUAAUAAUGUCUGUUACAGCACUGCAGCCAUUUAUUAUCUCACUCAUUAUUAUUAUUAUUAUUACCAUCAGUGAGCCCUGGGUCUCUGGAACAACUGGUUAUAUUGUGCCAGGGGAGGGCGCACUCGGUCUGUCUGUCUCUCCCAGGGGAGGGCGCCCUCAGUCUGUCUGUCUCUCCCAGGGGAGGGCGCCCUCAGUCUGUCUGUCUCUCCCAGGGGAGGGCGCCCUCAGUCUGUCUGUCUCUCCCAGGGGAGGGCGCCCUCAGUCUGUCUGUCUCUCCCAGGGGACGGCGCCCUCAGUCUGUCUGUCUCUCCCAGGGGAGGGCGCCCUCAGUCUGUCUGUCUCUCCCAGGGGAGGGCGCCCUCAGUCUGUCUGUCUCUCCCAGGGGAGGGCGCCCUCAGUCUGUCUGUCUCUCCCAGGGGAGGGCGCCCUCAGUCUGUCUGUCUCUCCCAGGGGAGGGCGCCCUCAGUCUGUCUGUCUCUCCCAGGGGAGGGCGCCCUCAGUCUGUCUGUCUCUCCCAGGGGAGGGCGCACUCAGUCUGUCUGUCUCUCCCAGGGGAGGGCGCCCUCAGUCAGUCUGUCUGUCUCUCCCAGGGGAGGGCGCCCUCAGUCUGUCUGUCUCUCCCAGGGGAGGGCGCCCUCAGUCUGUCUGUCUCACCCAGGGGAGGGCGCCCUCAGUCUGUCUGUCUCACCCAGGGGAAGGCGCCCUCAGUCUGUCUGUCUCACCCAGGGGAAGGCACAGUCUGUCUGUCUCACCCAGGGGAGGGCGCCCUCAGUCUGUCUGUCUCUCCCAGGGGAGGGCGCCCUCAGUCUGUCUGUCUCACCCAGGGGAGGGCGCCCUCAGUCUGUCUGUCUCACCCAGGGGAGGGCGCCUCAGUCUGUCUGUCUCUCCCAGGGGAGGGCGCACUCAGUCUGUCUGUCUCUCCCAGGGGAGGGCGCCCUCAGUCUGUCUGUCUCUCCCAGGGGAGGGCGCCCUCAGUCUGUCUGUCUCUCCCAGGGGAGGGCGCCCUCAGUCUGUCUGUCUCACCCAGGGGAGGGCGCCCUCAGUCUGUCUGUUUCACCCAGGGGAGGGCGCCCUCAGUCUGUCUGUCUGUCUCUCCCAGGGGAGGGCGCCCUCAGUCUGUCUGUCUCUCCCAGGGGAGGGCGCCCUCAGUCUGUCUGUCUCACCCAGGGGAGGGCGCCCUCAGUCUGUCUGUUUCACCCAGGGGAGGGCGCCCUCAGUCUGUCUGUCUGUCUCUCCCAGGGGAGGGCGCCCUCAGUCUGUCUGUCUCUCCCAGGGGAGGGCUCAGUCUGUCUGUCUCUCCCAGGGGAGGGUGCCCUCAGUCUGUCUGUCUCUCCCAGGGGACGGCGCCCUCAGUCUGUCUGUCUCUCCCAGGGGACGGCGCCCUCAGUCUGUCUGUCUCUCCCAGGGGACGGCGCCCUCAGUCUGUCUCUCUGUCUGUCUCUCCCAGGGGACGGCGCUCUCAGUCUGUCUGUCUCUCCCAGGGGAGGGAGCCCUCAGUCUGUCUGUCUCUCCCAGGGGAGGGCGCCCUCAGUCUGUGUGGUGGUGAUUUUUGCAUUUUGACUUACUACAUUCAAUGAAAUGGAUGACUUUCUUCUUUUCCUUUCUUUUCAUAGAAGCGGAGGGUUGCCGAUCUUCUCGCCAGCUUCAUUCCCGAGGAUGAGGCCCUGCUGAUUAAAAAUGGAAGGUAAACCUCUUCAUCCAAUCAUAUAACAUUUAAAGGGGAAUCCAAUGGGUUAAUAAGAGGUCUCCCCUGUCCCCAUUCAUAAAUGGGACUAUUUCAAGAGAAAUCACAACUUUUAUCAAUGGGUUUGGGAACGUCCUUCGAGCCGGCGGCUGUGGGCUCUUACUGUGACUGUGCGGCUCUGCAUACUUACCUUGGCAGAACUUUAAACGGUGCUUAGACAGCAUGAAACGCGUAGACUGUGCGGCAGCAACACGCUGAGAGCGUUUAAAAAAACAAAAACAUUUUACACUGGCCUUGAAUUUUUAAUACUAAUUAAUAACAUUUGGAAUUAUUUUAAAUGAAAAUAACAGUGAAUAAUUUUAUUCGUAGUGGCUGAACUAUCUCUCCAUGUAACAGGAUUCUCUUUUACAGUUACGCCUGCACUGUGUGUUCUCACCGACCGGUCUUUGACACAAUUGAUAUGCUGUCUGUUCACAGAAAUGGGAAGAAACACCUGGCCAGUGAGUAUUUCACUGCUUUAACCCCUUAAGGACACGACAUGUGACAUGUCAUGAUUCCCUUUUAUUCCAGAAGUUUGGUCCUCAAGGGGUUAAUAUUCCCUCUCACAGAAUAUGGCUUCCUGGAGUGUGGACUAGCUUGACGCGCUCGUGUCGGAGGGAUGCCCCGGCUCGGCGCUCGUGUCGGAGGGAUGCCCCGGCUCGGCGCUCGUGUCGGAGGGAUGCCCCGGCUCGGCGCUCGUGUCGGAGGGAUGCCCCGGCUCGGCGCUCGUGUCGGAGGGAUGCCCCGGCUCGGCGCUUGUGUGCCCCGGAGGGAUGCCCCGGCUCGGCGCUUGUGUCGGAGGGAUGCCCCGGCUCGGCGCUCGUGUCGGAGGGAUGCCCCGGCUCGGCGCUCGUGUCGGAGGGAUGCCCCGGCUCGGCGCUCGUGUCGGAGGGAUGCCCCGGCUCGGCGCUCGUGUCGGAGGGAUGCCCCGGCUCAGCACCUACAUGGGGCCAGGCCUUUCAUAAAACUAUCUUCUAAUGUGGUGAUUUUGCCCUUUUUCUUACUGUGUUCUCCAUUAAUACAAGGUUUGCAGUGGUUUUAUGGAAAGAAGAACAAUUUCAAGAACGAGGUCCAGAAGCGGCAGCAUGAACGGUUUGUGCGAGCAGAAGAGACCGGGGAACAGGUUUGGCCAAUGAGUCUGUCCCACAUCUGUGUAAAUUUUAAUGAAUGGUCACACCUGCUCCCAUAUGUAGCUCUGACCUUUCUAGUGUUAGGGGUGUUUGGUAACAGUAUUCACCAUGAGAUACAAUGUAGACCGUGGGUCGUCAACCUGGUCCCUAUCGCCCACUAGUGGGCGUUUCAGGAUUCCAGUUGGGCGGUAGGGAUGGCAGGUGCGAGCCGGCGGUACCCGUGCGACCGGGUACCGCCGUCACCAUUUUUGGCCCCGGCCCGCGUGGCAAACCUCCGGGGCCGCCACCCAAGGGGUCCAUCGGGUGGCCCAUGCUGUCAGGGCCACCCGAUGGAUCUGGAUUGAGAGUGGGCCCGGUCAGCGCUGGGCGCUUUAACAGCGCGACCGGGCCCCCUAUUAUUACAUCACACGCUGGGAGGAAGUGACUGCACGUCACUCCUCCCAGCUAAAACUGAGAGCUGCGCAGGAGGAAGACCAGGGAGUCAGAGUGGGAACUCUGACUCCCAUGCACCUGAGCCACCACUGGACCCCAGGGAAAGUCACCCUCCUGCACCUAAAAGGUAGGAAACAAGAGGGUGACAAAAAUAUUUUGUGUGUGUUUGUUUGUGUGUAUGUGUCUUUGUAUGUAUGUCUUGUGUGUGUCUAUCUGUAUAUAUGUGUGUAUGUAUGUGUGUCUUGUCUUUGUAUGUAUGUGUCUUGUGUCUGUAUGUGUGUAUGUGUACCUGUCUGUUUGUAUGUAUGUGUGUGUCUGUAUGUAUGUGUACCUGUCUAUUUGUAUGGAUGUGUGUGUCUGUAUAUAUGUGUGCGUGUGUCUGUAUGUAUGUGUGCCUGUUUGUAUGUAUGUGUGCCUGUCUGUGUGUGUCUGUAUGUGUGCCUGUCUGUUUGUAUGUAUGUGUAUUUUUAUGUGUGUGUGUGUGUGUAUGUAUGUGUGCCUGUCUGUUAUAGUGGGCUAUAGUCAGUGGGCUACCGAGCUAAGCCUUCCUACUGGGCAUUGCUAUAAGGAAGGUUAAAAAAUAGAAAAAAGGGAUAAAAAAGGUGGGCAGGGGAAUUGAGGAGGGAGAUGAGAUGAGCUGACGCACAGAUGAGAAAUCAUAUUAUGCGCAAACAGAGAAGUCGUCUGAAUACCACCGAAAGAGGAGACCUUCGUUUGUUCCUUACGAAAAUCGAACCAGAUAUCAAAUAUUUAGUCUCGCAGCAUCAGCCUCAAGGAUCUCAUUAAUCACUAGUAAAGGUAAUUUCAAUUUACUUUAUUGUUUUCCAAUUAAAAUUUAUAAAGUUAAAAACAUUAUAAACAUGCAUGUAGAAAUAAAAAGAUAAAUGUACGUACAUUUAUUUUUUUUAAAACACCCUCCUUUCUAAAAAAUAUUCCGCACUUGCGCGAAAACUGGUGGGCGGUAAGGAAAUUUUUCCAUCAAGAAAGAUGCAUUAGUGGGCGGUAGGUAGAAAAAGGUUGACUACCACUGAUGUAGACAGUGUCUCAGUUAAAGGGAAACUGUAGUGCUGAAGGGGUUAAAAACCCUAGCUGUCACUUACCUGAUUGCAGCACCGAUGUCUCUCGGCACUUGUUCAGGCUCCACCUCUGCUGCCAGCCAGGUAGACAGCCACUAGAGGUGGAUUUAACCCACAAAGGUAAUUAUUAAAGAAAUGCAGCUGUUUUCAGAUAUACCCCCAGUGAAUAGAUUCAUGUAGUCCAUUGGUGGUAUAUCUACUAAAUAGGCAGUUUUUCCCCCCUAUUAUUAUUUAUUGUACAUUGGUUCUUUAACAACAAUUUCAGACAAUUGAAUCUUUUAAUUUAAUUUAAUUUAAUUUAAUUUGUUGGAAGUAGGAAAAAUGGGAAAGCAGAAAGAUCUGAGUGACUUUGACAAGGGCCAGAUAGUGAUGGCUAGUCGACCGAUUCAGAGUAUUUCCAAAAUGGCAAGUCUUGUGGGGUGUUCCGAAUCUACAGCAGUGGUUAGCACCUACCAAAUUGGGUGCAAGGACGGACAACCGGUGUCACAGUCAUGGGCACCCAAAGCUCAUUGAAUGUGGGGAGCAACGGCUAGCCUGUCUGGUCCAAUCACACAGAGAGCAACUGUACCUCUAAUUCCUGAAAGCAGUAAUUCUGUCCAUGAUAGAAAUGUGUCAGAACACACAGUGCAUUACAGUUUGCUGCAUAUGGAGCUGCGUAGCCGCCUGUCCACCUCCCACAGCGCCUUCAAGGAGGGUGUUUGCAUCAGAACUGGAGCAAUGGAGGAAGGUUGCCUGGUCUGAUGAAUCAUGUUUUCUUUUACAUCUGCUUGAUGGCUGGACGUGUGUGGGUUGUUUACCUGGGUAAGAGAUGGCAGGAGGAUGCACUAUGGGAAGAAGGCAGGCAGGUGGAGGCCAGUCUUGGCUCCUGGCAUUCAUGUGCAUGUUUCUUUGAUAUGUACCACCUACCUAGAGAUUGUUUCAGGUCACAAACACCCCUUUAUGGAAAUGUUGAUGGAAGUGGCUUCUUUUAGCAGGAGUUUGUCUGUCUGUUUGGGUUAUGGUGAGAUUAGGUGUGUUGUGACAAUUUGACAAUUGUGCUUUUAUUUUGCUGUGAGCUGGCAGUAAUGAAUACCCUGGGUAUGUUAUUGAUUCAUGGUAGAUCUUAGUGUGGUGGGAAGUGCUAGUAGAGCGAUGUGUCUGUGUCCAGUUUUUCAUUCUGUGUUUUGGUUUACUUGGUAACAAUAGAACCCUCUUUGCUUGUAAACCAUUAACACACAGGAUUUCCGGUUUAGUGAUACACCUAAUAUCUGCAGCCUGGGGGAUUUUUGUUCUAUUCCUCUAACUACAUAGAAUUUGUGUUACUUUACAGGGUACACAUGACUUUUUCACCUGGCUCUUAAUCUUAUAUGUUUGCAGAUGCCCAUUGGUCCGGCCCCUUUGCUGAUGCAGACAAGGAAAAUUACCCAGCAUGCUUUGCUAAAAGCUACUCCCUACAACAGUUGCUGUUCUCGUAACAGGUAACGAACUACGUCAUUCCAGGACGGCCGCUCCUGUAUUGAUUGUUUGGGGGGAAAAAACUGGCGUCUGCCUAAUUUGACUGUUAAAGUUCCAGCUUUUCUGGGUUCAGUUCUCAUUUGAUGCAGUUUAGCCGCCCACCAAUACUCGGUGUAUUUAGAAACGGAGCAAAACCAGAUACGUUUCCUGUUUGUUUAUCUAAACCACCUGCCUCCUAAAUCUACACAUUCCCCCAAUAACAAAUGCCUUAUAGCUAUUAUCUACCCUAAUAAAUGCUAUCUGUGCCAUAUCUGAGGCAUGGAGCUCAACACAUGCAGAGUGUGAGUGCAGUCCGCAUAAAACACCGGACUCCAUGCUUGCUGCAUGACCAAAGCCUGGAUGAUUGCGCAGUUUGGCAUCCUAAGCACUUCCUUUGCGUUAUAAAAUUUUAAUUGUACUAAUACUGUAAUUCAGUGGAGAGGCGUCUCUUUCUUUAUAUUAUUUAUAUUUAGAGCAGAAUCCAAUGGAAUGGAUUUGCAUUCACCCACCCGUAUAGCGUUAGUGAGUUGUCCCUUGUUGUGAGAGAGUGUAACAGAUUACAUGCUGUCAUCCUACUGCAGCCGAGACUGAGCUUUCACCUAUACAAUGCAGCGGGUGCUAACGGAACACUGAAAGAAUUCACUGAUUUCAUAAUUAAUAAAAUGAUUAUACUGUUAACUCCAUUCACAUUGAAGACAUUAUAAUUGUCUCUUUGUUAAAAGCAUGUUUAUAAUAUUUAGUUUUCCCUCUGACUCCCUUAACCCCUUACGGACACAUGACAUGUGUGACAUGUCAUGAUUCCCUUUUAUUCCAGAAGCUUGGUCCUUAAGGGGUUAAAGUGCUGUAGCUAUGGAUUGAAAGUAUAUUAUAUUGCCUUUCCUGUAGGUCAAACGAUGUACGGUUUCUCUUCUCAUUUUCUGCUAUUACUGUGUCUCAGGUCGGCUGACACAAGCAGAAAGAUCAGUGCGUUCGGUGCUAGCCCUGCUCCUGACACUGUGCCGAACCUCCCACAGAGAACAACAGAAACCUCCCAGCCUGGACAGGGCGACAGAUCCCUAGGUGAGUGUUGGGUGAGCCUGGGGGGGGGGAUCAUCGCAGAAUGUGAUUUGUAAUCGAGGAUUCAGAGGGUUUAUUUAACUUACUAUUAAAGGUUAUUCCCCAUCUCACAAACCUACUUUGUACAGAUGUCGAGAAGCAGACGACAGAAUGUCCCAAGCCCAGCACCGGCCACAAAAAGAGUGGUGCAAAGCGUUCAGAGAGUGAGGCCGACAGUACUGACCCUGAGAGGACGAGAGCCAUUCACCAUUAUCUUCUACUAAAGAGGUUAGCGUUACCUGCUCCAAGCGGGAUUCUCCCCAAUUAAACUCUGAGAUAGUGUGUGUGUGAGAGGCCGUUCAUGUCCGUCUGCUACACAAAUGUCCCUUUCACCUCUCUCCAUAUAGUGUCUUUACAGUCUCUUCUCUCGCUUUCAGCUCUGGGUGGAUUCCAAACAGAUCAGGACAAUGGGUAAAAGAUCCGAAUGUGGAAUUUGAUUCAGAUGAAGAAGAACCCCCAGUGCUCCCCCACCCUGACACAUGAACCCCUGAAAAAAAGCACGGUUCUGGAUCAGCGACUGUCCAAUGAAUGACAAUGUCCGCAUUGGGAAGGAUACGCAACUUUAAUUUGGUCAUUCUACAAGUUAAGAAUCCUGGAAACAGAGCAGAGAUUUCUAUAAUAAUCCAAAAUGUUUUUAGCAUCCUAAGGGUGCGUGAGGAGUCCUGGGCAUUUAAUAGCCAGAUCCUUUGUCCGUGAGGCAGGUUCCCUGGACUGGAUCACCAGACCAAUAUAUUUCUGAUCACCUAGACCCAGCAGGACUUGUGCCAUGCUUUAUUUGUGAUAUUCACUGAGUGUCAGGAUCUUAAACAAAGAAUAACAUGCGGAAAGAUCUACAACCCUCACUUUCUGUGUGUGUUGACUGGGAUUUAUGAGAGUCAUAGUUAAGUAACAGCUUGACGUGUGUAUUUGAUGGAUCUUGGCUCUUGUGAAUCCAUUCUAACUGGUUAACUGCAGUGCAUCAAUUGCCUGAUAGAGGGCGCUACAGGACAAACGCUGCUCAGUAUUUAAAUUAUAGCAGUCCAGGAACACUGCAUAUAACUGACAGAUCUCUAUUGAUAUAUUAAAGGUGGGGUUUUACUCUGAAAUAUUGCAUUUUUGGGCUUAACAUAAAAUAAAACCAAACCGAUUUUCACAUAAUAAA